AUGGCAGUCGAUGUUGCGAAGCUCAUCUGGCGCCCCAACGGACUGCGCAGCUUGGACUACAGCCGCCUACUUCCCGGCGACUUGCCAGUCAACGUCGAGACGUGCAAAAAGCGUUCACGAAAGAUGCGAGGGUCUGUUAUGUGCAGUGCGAAGCCCGAGAUGAGAGCAACUCAAUUCGAGUGUUACUAA